AUGACAGCCCACCAGACGACGGCCCAUUGGGAAAUUCCCGAUUCGGAGCAAAGCAGUAGCCCGAGGACAGGGAUUGGCUCGGACCAGGAGGACAGCAAACCGAUUACGCUGGAUACGACAGACUUCCAGGAGAGCUUUGUCACGUCGGGGGUGUUCAGCGUCACAGAGCUCAUCCAGGUCUCCCGGACGCCGGUGGUGACAGGCACGGGGCCAAAUUUCUCCCUGGGUGAGUUGCAAGGUCACCUGGCCUAUGACCUGAACCCUUCGAGCACUGGCAUGAGAAGGACGCUGCCCAGCACCUCCUCCAGCGGGAGCAAACGGCACAAGUCUGGCUCCAUGGAGGAUGACAUAGACACGAGUCCGGGGGGCGAGUACUACACUUCGCCCAGCUCGCCCACCAGCAGCAGCCGCAACUGGACAGAAGACAUGGAAGGAGGCAUCUCGCCAGUGAAAAAGACGGAGAUUGACAAGUCACCCUUCAAUAGCCCGUCGCCACAGGACUCCUCCCCGCGGCUGAGCUUCACCCAGCACCACCGUCCGGUCAUCGCUGUGCACAGUGGUAUCGCUCGAAGCCCACACCCUUCAUCUGCUCUGCAUUUCCCCACCACCUCGAUCCUCCCCCAGGCGGCCCCCCCCCAUCUCAACCCACAGGACCCUCUGAAAGAUCUCGUCUCACUGGCCUGCGACCCGUCCAAUCAGCAGCCUGGACCGCCUACUCUGCACCUGGCACGCCCCCUGCGAAUCGUUCCUUCGUGGGACUAGGACCAAGGGAUCCCGGGAGUAUGUAUCAGGCACAGUCCUGGUACCUGGGAUAAUCGCAGCUGCCCCGUCCCGUCGCCUCCCUUCUCCUCUGCUUUGGGCAUCCCGAGAGGAAAACAAGUAACACAGCACCAGGCCCAGUCUUUCAGUGAAGAUGGAGAGAGCGAAUUAAGGAAGAGGAUGACGACAAAUACAAAACAAGAUAACCACACACAAGACGUUACAGGGAGGAAGGAAGGAAGGAAGGAAAAGGUUCAAACUUUUUUAAAAAGAAAAACAAAAUCCUACAGACAAAACAGCAAUCCACGCGUGUGACGCUGCAGAGUCCCAUUGGCCAGAAACACUAGUCGCCCUGCCGGCUGCCUUCCUGGGGAGAGAACGGACACAGCUCAUGACAGGUCUCUUCCGACAGCAGCAGCAGCAGCAGCGCCGCUGGAGUCUCGCCUGCAGUUCUCCAGCGGGUUGUAUAUGCAAAAUUGUCUUUUGACUUUC